CAUAUUAGAAAGAUGAGAACAAGGACGACGCUCUGGUCUUUCCCAUCUACUACUCAUCCUCAGAUGUCUUGGUUUCAGUCUCAAAUCAAGGAAAAAGAUGGUACUUCUUACUUCCCACCUGUUAUUUCUCCUCCUCUUUCUUCUUCUUAUUCUUCAGUCCGAUCUCCUUACAGUAGUAGUAAUGAUCAGAAUGGAUCAACCCCAUCGUCAUCUGGAAGCAGAAUCAGCCCAGCUGUUCUUUUUAUCAUAGUUAUUCUAGCUGUUAUAUUCUUCAUAUCUGGUCUGCUCCACCUGCUCGUUAGAUUCCUCAUAAAAAAACCAUCUUCCUCAUCAAACCCUCAGUCUAAUAGGUACCCAGAUUUGUCCGGCUCAGAUGCUCUGCAAAGACAAUUACAACAGCUAUUCCAUCUCCAUGACUCGGGUCUAGAUCAAGCUUUCAUAGAUGCUCUCCCUGUUUUCCUCUACAAAGAGAUAAUGGGCCUAAAAGAACCCUUCGAUUGUGCUGUUUGCCUCUGUGAAUUUUCAGAACAAGACAAACUUAGAUUGCUUCCCAUAUGUCGCCAUGCUUUUCACAUCAACUGUAUAGACACUUGGCUCCUGUCAAACUCAACAUGCCCUCUUUGCAGAGGAACCCUCUUCCUUCCUGACCUUUCGAUUGAAAACCCAGUUUUUGAAUUUGAUGAUCCGAGGGAAGAAGAUGGGAUUCCCACCGACAGAGAGGAUAGGUUCACUUGUGGACAAAAAACAGGGGAAACAGAGGAGAUUGUUGGGGAAAAGAGGGUUCUUUCCGUGAGGCUCGGUAAAUUCAGGAAUAUGAAAAAUGAUCAAGUAGAAGGAGAAGAAAAAGGAGAAGGAGAGACCAGUAGUCGUAAUUUGGAUUCGAGGAGAUGUUAUUCGAUGGGUUCAUAUCAGUAUGUUGUUGGUGAUUCCAAUCUGCAAGUGGCCUUACGCCACGAUAGAGAUGAUGCUGGUGAUGUGAAACUAGUGAAAGGGAGAGCAAACAAUGAGAAUUCUUCGGUUAUUGUGGAUAUGGAGGGGAAGAAACUCAGUAGAGGAAGUAAAGGUGAGAGCUUCUCUGUUUCCAAGAUCUGGCUCUGGCCAAAGAAGGGAAAAUUUCCAAGUUCUUCAGAAUCUCAUAUGAUGGGUAUUCCUUCUUCAUCUCUUAAUGUCGGCUUGCCAUUGCCCGAAAGAACUCAAGAUGUAUGAAGGUAUUUUGCUUUCUAUUUUCUUGAUUAUUCACCUCACUCAAAAAUUCAAUUUCUGGUUGAGCAUUUGUUUAUAUUUUCCUUAUUUAUUCUAAGAUGCAAAUGGGUAUGAGUCAUCCGUCUCUGCAAAAAUACUCUUAAAAGUGAAAUACCAACUUUUUUUCUAUUUUUUUUUGUUAAUCCUGUAUAAAUCAUUC